AUGACUGGGAAGUGGAGUCAAGUUUCUACCCAGGCCAGUCCUUGUACAUUUCCCAACAAAAAGGAAGUCGGUAUUGGUGAUAUCCAAGAGCCGUUCCCAAAGCAUUCGCUACAUUGCAACUGCCACGGCCAGUCACAUAACGUUGUUAUCAGGUCAAAUGAAGAGAGGUUCAACUCCUCGGAGAUGGAGAAAAUCAUCGUCGGCAACCCGGAGGUGAAAACUGCCCUGAUCGUGAACACUCCGAACUUCAAACCCGUUUUGAUCAUCGAGCCAUUCACGGCGGUCCAGACUAGAAAGGAAAUGGUCAGUCUGAUUGACCGCAUUAUGCCACAAGUUGCCAAGGCGAACGAGGCUACCAACUGUACGAUAGCGACAUACGGCCGAAUUGCAACCCAUUUGAUUACGGUGUCCACGCAAGACAAGCCGUUUGUCAGGGCGGAGAAUGGAGUACUGAAUAAACCCGCUACUAUCACUCUUUACACCGAUGAGAUUGAAGACCUCUACGUGAACACGAAAGAAACUCCGCUCCAUAGGGUGCCACGUAUCGACGUCAGCUCCCAAACCGCACUGAGCAGAUCAAUCGCGAAGAUCCUCCGCGGAAAUUUCAAUGUGCCUUACUUGAAUUCUGACGCUGACUUCCUCGCCUCUGGAAUGGGUCCUCUGCAAAUAAUAGCGGCCGCUCGUUUUAUUACAUCUUGUGUCCGCGCCACGAACAAGCAUUACAGUGGAAUUUCUAUCAGGGCUCGCGACUUGUAUAGCCACCCGAGCUCGUACAGGCUUGCCGGUCACAUUCUCCAAGCUGCUGCCAACAACAAAGAUGAUGACGACGCAGGCAUCAGCAGCCAGGACUACAAGACAAUGGAUUAUCUGUAUAAGAAAAUGACAGAAAACCUAGUUGUAGCCAAGCCCGGCCGUGUCGAACCAGCCAAGGAACAGCAAACGGUCAUCCUUACUGGGUCAACCGGCAAUAUGGGAUGCUACCUACUGGACGAAAUGGUGCGAAAUCCUUACAUCAAGAGCAUCAUUUGCUUCAACAGGUCGAACGACGGCGGCGUCGAGAAGCAGGCGAAGGCGAUGGAGAAACGCGGUUUAUCUCAUCCAACUGAGAGCGGCAAAGUCGAGUUCUUCCGUACAAAUCUUGCGCAGCACAACAUGGGCCUUUCCGAGGACAUUCUGGCCCGAUUGCUCAAGGAGACUGAUCGAAUCGUCCACAAUGCAUGGGCAGUGAAUUUCAAUAUGCCCCUCGAGGCUUUCGAACCACAUGUUAAGGGGGUGCGAAAUCUUGCAGAUUUUGCUGCUGCUGCGGAUAAACGUGUUGCUAUGGUGUUCGUGUCUACGAUUGGCGUAACCGCCAAGUGGGAUCGAAGCCGAGGCCCUGUGCCCGAGAUAUCCUUGCGUGAUUUUAGCAUGGCGGCACCAGGAUAUGGACAGAGCAAGUUGGUGUCCAGUAUGGUUCUCGAGGACGCAGUCAAGGCUGGAGACUUCCCUCUCGCCAUAAUCAGGGUUGGUCAAAUCGCCGGACCUCUCGGUAAUAAGGGUGUUUGGAGCCGGCAUGAAUGGUUUCCCUCCGUCAUUGCAAGUAGUCUUGUGCUCAAAGCACUACCCAAGCACCUGGCAGGGUGGGAAAAUCGAACUUCAUGGCUUCCGGUGGAGUCAAUGUCAAAGAUGAUACUUGACAUUGGUGGUCUUACGGAAGCGUCAAGAGAUUAUCAUGAGGGAUAUUUCCACGGCUGUAACCCUUCGGUCACACAGUUCGAUAAGUUGGCCCCUGUGAUCCAGAACUACUAUGGAAAAGAUCGCCUGCCGGAGCUUGUUAGCUUCAAAGAAUGGGUUGAACGGCUGGAGAAGAGUCGUACCACAGAGGGUGCGCCUGGUGCCGAUCGCAACCCUGCUUUGAAGCUCGUGGACUUCUUGCGAAAUGUUGCGUCGAGUGGCGAGGACGAAUCGAAAACUAGAACUCACGAUGUUCAAAGAGCCAUCUCUUGCAGCCCGUCUUUACGAUCGGCAAUGCCUGUUACCCCUGAGUUGAUGAUCCACUGGUGCAAGCAAUGGAGAUUUGAAGGUCUUUCAGCCCGUGCUAGUCAUCUGUAG